AUGGCGGCAGGUCAUACGCGCUAUGUGCGCUACAUUGCGCUCGCGCUCUUCACCCUCACUAUGUUCUACUUCUUUUCCAAUUCCAGAAUCGAGCACAUCCCCGUUCCUGGCAGCAGUGUUGGUAGCUUCCCAGGCGGUCCUGGAAGCCCCAGCAGCCAGCAAGCUCCCGGCACCGUCCCCAAGUCCCCUGCUGGUAACAACGUCAACUUUCCCGGCCAGGAGGCACCUGCUGAAGAGGGAGAUACUGCCCUUACCAAGGACGAUGUUCCCGCCCAGAAGCCCGCCGGCGAAGAUGCUGAUGCUGCUGCUGAUGCUCCCAAGGUUCCCGCCGAAGCUCCUGCACAGGGCGAUCUUGCUGAGGCCCCUAUGCCCAUGUCCCCCAACGAUCCCGGCUGGAACAACCUUCAGGGAACUGCUCCCGGUCCCCGUAUGAACGCUACAUUCGUCACCCUCGCCCGAAACCAGGACGUCUGGGAGAUCGCCGAGUCCAUUCGACAGGUCGAGGAUCGUUUCAACCGCCGCUACAACUAUGACUGGGUCUUCCUCAACGACAAGCCUUUCGACGACCAGUUCAAGAAGGUCACAUCUUCUCUUUGCUCUGGCAAGACUCACUACGGUUUGAUUCCCGAGGAGCACUGGUCUUUCCCUGAAUGGAUUGACCAGGACAAGGCCCGCAAGGUUCGUGAGGACAUGCAUGAGCGCAAGAUCAUUUACGGUGACUCCGUCAGCUACCGUCACAUGUGCCGAUUCGAGUCUGGUUUCUUCUUCCGACAGGAACUCAUGAUGAACUAUGAGUACUACUGGCGUGUUGAGCCCUCUGUCAAGCUCUUCUGCGAUAUUCACUACGAUCCCUUCCGCGUCAUGCACGAGAACAACAAGAAGUACAGUUUCGUUCUCUCUCUUUACGAGUACAUCGACACCAUUCCUACCCUUUGGGCCAGCACCAAGAAGUUCAUGCAGAACCACCCUGAGCACAUUGCCGCGGACAACUCUAUGCGCUUCCUCAGCGACGAUGGUGGUGAGAACUACAACAAGUGCCAUUUCUGGUCCAACUUUGAAGUUGGUAGUCUGUCUUGGCUCCGCAGCAAGCCUUAUCUCGACUUCUUUGAGUCUCUGGACAAGGACGGUGGUUUCUUCUAUGAGCGAUGGGGUGAUGCUCCUGUGCACUCUAUUGCUGCUGGUCUUCUCCUUAAGAAGGAGCAGCUCCACUUCUUCGAGGAUAUUGCUUACUACCACGUCCCCUUCACCCACUGCCCAACUGAUGAGCAGCGACGUCUGGAUCUCCGUUGCCACUGCAACCCCGAUAACAACUUUGACUGGAAGGGCUACUCCUGCACUUCCCGAUUCUUCGAGCUCAACGGCAUGGAGAAGCCCAAGGGUUACGAGAAGCAACAGUAG